AUGGGUGUGCUGUGUCAAAUAUUAAUCAAUAGAACAGAUGACGGCGUGUUCAGAUCUGGACAAACUGUAACAGGAACACUGAAGUAUUCUAUAGAAAAACCAACGAGAUACAAUAGUAUCGAUAUUUCGUUUGUAGGCAAAGGCCGUUGCGAAUGGAGCGAAGGGAGUGGAAAAAGCAGAACAUCCUAUAGCAACAAAGAAAAAUAUUUUACUGCACAACAGAAUUUAUACACUCCCAAAGGUGACGAAAUGCUGAAACCUGGAACAUUUGAAUAUCCGUUUGAGUUCAUAGUGCCAUACAAUAUACCAUCGUCCUUUAAGAAUUCCACAUGUACAAUAGAAUAUAAAGUGAUCGUGAAAUUUGCUAAAAGAAAACUAUUUAGUUCUGGUGAUAGCUUUGAAACUGUGAUUCCUAUUCGUGGUUGUGUUAGCUCAUCACUCCAAGAGCCUUUAUUAUUUGGGUUAAGAAAAACCCUCACGUCUUUUAAAUCAAAGAGUAAAGUAAGAGUGAACGCAGAAAUAGACAAAGUUCUAGUUGCCCCGGGAGAGAACUUUAAUCUGAGGCUCACGAUAUUCAACGACUCAAAUGUCUCUCUAAUCGUCAUAACAGAACUCUUGACAUUCUUCACCUAUGUAUCUGAUUGUGGACAUAAAAUGGUUGAGUCGGUGCCUAUAGAAGCGACAAAAUCAAAUUCAACAAAAAUAAAGGCAGGAAGUAAGACAGAACUAGUGUGUAAUGUACCAACAUUAACGAGUAUGUACUCGAUACAGCAUACAAAGAUACUGAUAGGACAAUAUAAGGUGAGAGUUAUGGUGAAAUUACCAUUUCCUCAUGUUAAUGCUGCAGUAGCGAUACCGGUGGAAAUUGGAGAGAUUGGAAAUCCUCCCCAGAUUGUUGUUCCUCCAGAUCUUCAGAACCCCUCUACUUCCUACAGUCUAACAGAAGAGAAUUACAGAUUCAAACAUGAAAAGAUUGGUAACGAUUUUAAAAAUUACAAUGAAAAAAUAAAAUCAGAAUAUGAAAGUGAAAAAGCUGACGAAAAUGAAGACAGUGAUGAAGACGGUAAAACUUAUUAUGAGCAAUUUGAUUUAGAAUAUACAAAUGACGAAGAGUUGAUAAAAUAUGUUGAAAAAUUGAAAUUAGAAUAUACAAGUGAGGAGAACAAUAAUGAGUUUGAAGAAGAUGACAGCGAAAUUGAAUUGAAAGACGAUAGGGAAAAAAAUUGUGACGCAUCACUGAAAUGA